UUGAUCUCCCGGCCCGGUCAGCGCGGGCCGCGCGUUCGAGACCCGUCCGAGGCCGGCGGCGGGCAGGUGCGCUGCGUGGAGGCCUCGUGGGGAGAUGUGAUGUGUAGGUGUGGCAUUGGCCAGGCUGCCCCGGAGGUGGGACUGUUCUCUCCACAGUACAGACCUUUCCUCUGCUGCCAUGAGUGGGAAGUCGCUACUGCUGAAGGUGAUCCUCCUGGGCGAUGGCGGCGUUGGGAAGAGCUCUCUUAUGAACCGCUACGUCACCAACAAGUUUGACUCGCAAGCCUUCCACACCAUUGGGGUUGAGUUCCUCAACCGGGACCUGGAGGUGGAUGGGCGCUUUGUGACGCUCCAGAUCUGGGACACAGCCGGGCAGGAGCGCUUCAAGAGCUUGCGGACUCCCUUCUACCGGGGGGCUGACUGCUGCCUGCUGACAUUCAGCGUGGAUGACCGGCAGAGCUUCGACAACCUGGGUCACUGGCAGAAGGAGUUCAUCUGUUACGCCAAUGUGAAGGACCCCGACCACUUCCCCUUUGUGGUUCUGGGCAACAAGGUGGACAAGCUGGAGAGGCAGGUGACCUCCGAAGAGGCCCAGGCCUGGUGCAUGGAGCACGGCAACUACCCCUACCUGGAGACGAGUGCCAAGGACGACACCAAUGUGGCUGUGGCCUUUGAGGAAGCUGUGCGGCAGGUGUUGGCCAUCGAGGAGCAGCUGGAGCACUGUGUGCUGGGCCAUGCGAUUGACCUGCAUACCAGCAGCAAGGCAGGCUCUUCCUGCUGCUGAGAGAAGCC